AUGACUUCAGAUGAGAAGUUUUACUUCUCGCUACUGCGAAUUUCAAUGAUACAACUUCUACGGGCACAUGGAUUUGAUAAAGCAAAAUCAAGCACCAUUGAUCUCUUUACGGACCUCUAUAUUAGGUAUCUUGAGUUAGCAAUACAUGAAAUAAGGAAGCUGGCGUUAGACCGCGGAGAUUUGGACGAAGAAGUUGCCCUUCAGGAUAUAACACAAGGUCUUUUGAAUAUUGGUGCUUUCAAACCAACAAAUUUACUAGACACAUACGACGAGCAUCCGUUUGCACCUGGCGAUGAGGGCAUGCAAAAAUUCAAGAGGUGGUUACUGGAGGACCCUGCCACUACAGAGGCAAGAGUUAUUUGCACGCCAACCCCAGAUUUACUGAAGAUGAGUGAGAAAUCAAACAAACCAUUAACAAUGAUACCCGAGUACAUCAACCAACUAAAUGUGUCUGAGAAGAAACCUACUGAUGGAGACGAUGAAGUUGAGCUUAUAGAAGCCAUGAUAAAUAAUGGGGAUAUGGAUGAUUGGAUAUCGUUCACAGUGGCUGCUCAGAGAAUAGAGUUAGCAAAGAGAAAAACGGGCAAGGUACCCAAAGAUACAACGUCAUUACCAUCUAUUCCUGGGUUUAAAUAUUCUAAGUUAGGCGGAACUCGAUCUACAGGAAACAAUUCGUGUAUUCCAGUAGGAGUAGAAAUACCGGAAGAGAAUGAAGGGGAGGAAGUCGUCCAUGAUUCUGCUCAACAUGAACUUCUUACGAAGUUGCUUUCAAAAUUGCCAGUAGGAAAUCCGGAAAAUAAGUUAGAAAAUAUCACAGUGUCUUACGAAGAGGAUAUAGAUGAAGAAAUGGAAUUGCCACCUGUAGAAAACAUGGAUCAAGACGCAGAGCUCGUGGAUAUAGAGAAACAAAACUUUGAAUUUGAUUCCCCAGGACCCGGAGGUUUGACUUUAGGAAAUAUAGACACCAAGGACUUAGAUGAGAUGGAAGACAUGCAAAAUACAUUCGAAAGAAGGACAUCAUUGGAUUAUGGUCAUUCAUAUGAUAUAUAG